UGUCAUCUAUAAAAGAAACAGUCUUGGUUAGCAAGUGAUCUAGUACACUGCAGAACAAUGGAGUACCCCUUGGUGGAGUUGGGGCUCCCAUAAAAUCUUCAUUGUCCGUCUUUAUUGUUAUAAGCAAUUGAUUUAACUCUCGCUCCAAUCAAAAAAAGUAGAACUAGUGCGUAAUGCUUCCAUGCAGUUGUUGCAAGUAAAUAAGGACUGGUGUAAUCUUAACUUGUCCCUUGGAAGGUUUCGGAGCAGGGCUUACGAAAGGUCUUUCAAUGAAGACUGAACAUGAUGACCAAAUUGAACAAAACAUUGAAUGAUACCAGUGAAAGAAGCAUUUGGACAGACAAGUGACAAUUUUGCUGGAAAAUUUCCAUUGGAUGAUCAUCAUAUUUAGCAGUCUCUGGUAGGCGUGGCUCUGGUGGAAAUGGCAACAAAUGGUUUGCACCCCUCAGAGGUAACUCCAAGAGACAUGUCAGGAAGCAGGAUAAAAGAAAUGAAGCCGAUGAUGUUAGCAUCGGGCUAUGAAACCGUGAAAGGACUGGUCCUAAAGAAUAACUGGAUAACGAACAUUGACAGAGCAGCGUUGGACAAUCAAAAUUCGUUAAUUGAGUUAGAUCUGCGAAACAACCAUAUAAAAACUCUUCCUAGAGGAAUCUUUAGCCAAAGAAAGUUUAGACUUCUGUACCUUGCAAACAAUUCAUUUUCCUGCGAUGACACCAACUUAGUAGGAGAAAUAAAAGAUUUGAUCAAUUCGAUGACGGAUGUUAAAUUGGAGACUGGGGCUUCAAAUCUAAGAGUAUUUGAUUAUGAAAUGUUAAGAUGCGCAGAACCAGCCCAUAUGAAAGGCCGAAAGAUUGUUGAUGUCAUAUCUGAAUUACGAGGAAACAAGGCUUCUUUUUUAGGGACAGCUGGUGCCGUCACAGGUUUAACAAGUGGAGUUAUAGCUGCUCUACUGACUUUGGUGAUAGCUGCUGCAAUAAUACUAGUUAAGAGACUCAAAUUGGAUGGUAAAUAUAGAUAUAACUUCCUGUCAUCAACGGACAAAGGUAGCAUGGAACAAAACCAAAAGGAAUCUGAAACUGUAGUCGAUGAACAAGAACAGGGGAAAGUUGUAGCACAAAGACUACAGAAAGUAAGACGACAAUCCCAAGGCUACCCUGCAAAGGAAAAUAUGGAAUCAGAAGAUGAUACUUAAGGUCAAGGGUCAAAAUGAAGGGCAAAAGACGAAAUUCUAUGGGACACUAAAAAGACAGGAUGAAAUGGAAGACAUUUAUUUGAAUUAUGAGAUGGAUGAUAAAUUUGUCACAGCCUUUAGAAAAUGUGCAGGCCAAACAAGAAAAUAAACCAAUCCUUUCGACUCUAGAAAAAGGUUUAUUUUCCAAAAUAAUUAGCGAUUAUUUGAUUGAGAUUUUGAGAGUUUUAAAACCUAAUCCUUUUUAUUUUUUAGUCUGUUUUAUGUUUCUGUGACCCAACCGACUCCAGACGUUUGGCUGUUUUGGUCUCAAAUCAAACAAAUUCAUGACGAUCGAUCCUGAUUGUGAGUGAUAAAUAUUCUCAUGACUCGACAGCCUAUUUCCAAUUGAAAAAUGGCUUUUAAGUCAAGGGAAUAUUUAUCACUCACGAUUGGAAUGAAUAGGAUAGGACUUGGCCUGUCAUAAAUUUGAUUGACUGAGGCCAAAAUGCCAGAGGUAUGGAGUCUGUUAGGCAAAAAUAUGAAAUGUGCUGUAGUUAUUAUUUUCUGAAAGAAGCAUACUAAAGGAUAAAACUUUUGGUGUUCUGAGUGAAACAUUACGAUAGUUUAAGAUGUCAUGCCUUCUCCCUUGGAAGCAGACACCAAUUUUAAUGUCAUUUUCUAAUUUUGGAUAUUAUUAAUUGUUAUCUUUUGAUAGACUUAAUGUUGUGAGGCUUGAUAGCAAUUCAUGAACUUCAUCAACCUAGCAAAAAAAGGGAUAAACAUAUUAUUGAAAUAAUUGUUCCAAAAUAUAACAAUGUAUACCUAUUAUAAACCCGAAUAUAUUUUAUUAGACACUUAUUUCAAAAAACGUUGUCAGCAGAAGAUCCAAAAUCUGAGACAUGCAUUAAAUUGUGGGGUAUUAGCUGUGAAAUUAAAUAUGAAUGAAAGUGGUAAUUGUUUUAUUUUUUGAAUUUAUAGUAGUUUGCAACAAGUUUAUACUUAAAUAUGCCACCACCUCUGUGUGAUGACCUGCGCUGAUGAGUUGUUUCAGAUUUGAGAUCCGACAACAUUUUGUGAAAUAGGUACAUACACCAAAUUCAAAGUCAAAGCAUAAAGCCUGAUAGUCAACAGGGGUUCUUUUGGUAUAAAGUAGUGAAUAUUUCAUAAUUAAAAGAUAUUUUCAACUUUUUA